ACAGAUGCAGAGAUGAAGUUGAGUAAAAUAGGGUGCAGAGACCCUGCAGAACCUGCAUCGGCCGGCGGCAACAUGUCGUCAUGACCGACCCGGCCCGAGCAACGUCCAUGAAACUCGGAACAACCAGGGGAAUCCGACUCUUUGAGUGGUCAAUCCAUGUCUAUCCACAUCUGCGUAGGAGUGGAUGAAAGGUGGAGGAGAGCUGAUUGCCAAAUUCUGUUAGGGCUUGGAAUGAAGCAACCGGUUUCGGUCAUGACAUCAUCACAGCUAUGACUUCAUCACCUCCGAACGAGCAUAUAUAGUUGUCCCUGUCGUCGUAUCUCGACAACAUCAACAACAACAAUCAUCUACUGCAUUUAUCAAAGUCAUUUUUACCUCAAUCAACAUGCCUAUCCCCGUUCCCUCCGCCUCCAGCGUCCACGACCUCUUCAGCCUGAAGGGCAAGGUCGUCGUUAUUACCGGCGCUUCCGGCCCUCGCGGCAUGGGCAUUGAAGCCGCACGUGGCUGCGCCGAGAUGGGCGCCAACAUCGCCCUCACCUACUCUUCUCGUCCUCAGGGUGGUGAGAAGAACGCCGAAGAACUUCGCAACACCUACGGUGUCAAGGCCAAGGCCUACCAGUGCAACGUCGGCGACUGGAACAGCGUCAAGAAGCUCGUGGACGACGUGCUGGCCGAAUUUGGCCAAAUUGACGCCUUCAUUGCCAACGCUGGCAAGACGGCCAGCAGUGGUAUCCUCGAUGGCUCCGUUGAGGACUGGGAAGAAGUCAUCCAGACCGAUCUGACGGGUACCUUCCACUGCGCCAAGGCGGUGGGUCCGCACUUCAAGCAGCGCGGAACCGGCAGCUUCAUCAUCACCUCUAGCAUGUCCGGUCACAUUGCGAACUUCCCACAGGAGCAGACUUCGUACAACGUUGCCAAGGCAGGCUGCAUCCACAUGGCCCGGUCAUUGGCCAACGAGUGGAGGGACUUUGCCCGCGUGAACAGCAUCUCCCCGGGUUACAUCGACACAGGAUUGUCAGACUUUGUGGAGAAGAAGACUCAGGAUCUGUGGAUGUCCAUGAUUCCCAUGGGACGAAACGGUGAUGCCAAGGAGCUGAAGGGUGCAUACGUCUAUCUCGCCAGUGAUGCCAGCACAUACACGACGGGUGCCGAUUUGAUCAUUGACGGAGGAUACACCGUGCGGUAAAUUGACCGCGGUCGGGGAGAAAAAUAAUGUUUAUGACAUGUAUGUAAUGAAUAUAAAUGUUCAAUUGUAUCAAUUGCUUGG